AUGAAGUAUGUCAAGCAGGAGUAUGGACGUAAAUCUCACCACAUCCUGCUUAUCGGCCACUUCGCGCGCGUCACUGACACCAGUCGCAGGCCCCUCAAGUGUCGCAGAUGCCUACCAUGGCCAUAUGUACGCAACCUGGGAGCAAUCGCUCAUCGUCUCGAUUCUCUCCGCUGGAACCUUCUUAGCGCACUCUUCGCCGGCUCGCUCGCAGACUGGAUCGGCCGUCGGUCCACUAUCAUCUCGGGGUGUGAUAUCUUCUCUCUCGGCGUCAUCUUCCAAGUCGCUUCUACAACCGUACCCGUCCUCGUCGUGGGCCGCCUGAUCGCAGACAUCGGCAUCGGCAUCGGAUUCAUCAGUGCCGUCAUAAUUCUGUACAUGUCUGAAGUCGCACCUAAAGGCGUUCGCGGCGCUAUCGUCUCCGGCUAUCAGUUCUGCAUCACCUGGGUUUUUGCGUUGAUCUUGGGGAUUGGCUUGUUCUUCCUCCCCGAGUCGCCGCGUUGGUACGUCAAAUGCAAUCGUCUGGAAGAUGCUGCUUGCGCUCUGAGCACGCUUCGUGGACAGCCCGCCGACUCGCAGUACGUCAAGGAUGAACUCGCGGAACUAGUAGCAAACUACCAGAUGGAGCACAACGUUCAAGCGUCCUGGGUGGACUGCUUCACGGGUGAAUGGAAGCCGUCGAGCAAUCUUCGCCGCGUCGUACUCGGUAUGACGCUGCAGAUGAUGCAACAAUGGACCGGCGUCAACUUCAUAUUCUACUACGGCUCUACAUUCUUCAAAACCGUCGGUAUCCACAACGCCUUCCUCGUCUCCAUGAUCACAUCCGCAGUCAACCCCAUCGAGCAGCCAGGCCGACGCGCCCUCCUCAUCCACGGAGCCAUCGGCAUGCUAGUCUGCGAGUUCAUAAUCGCCAUCGUCGGCACCGUCAACAGCGGCAGUAAAGCCGCUUCCACCUGCCUAAUCGUCUUCACAUGCAUCUACAUCUUCUUCUUCGCGACGACCUGGGGCCCCGCCGCAUGGAUAGUCAUCGGCGAGCUGUGGAAUUUCGUGAUUGGAUUCAUCACCCCCUAUUUGAUGAACGAGGAGUACGGUAACCUCAAGACGAAGGUCUUUUUUGUUUGGGGGAGUACGUGUACGCUGUGCGUGCUCUUUGCGUACUUUUUUGUUCCCGAGACAAAGGGGUUGGCGCUGGAGCAGGUUGAUCGUAUGCUGGAGGAGACGACGCCGCGUGGGUCGAGGAAGUGGGUGCCGUGUGCGAUGUAUGCUGGUCGGGAUGAGGCUUCUCUUGGCCGGGGCGGGAAGACUGGUAGCCUGGGUGCUGCUCAGCGGGAGUUUCGCUAG